CAGCGAAUCACAUGAGCAGGGAUCUGUUUACAAACUGAGAGCUGAAGAGGAGAAGUGGAGAAGAGAGAGGAGGAAGAAGAGAAGAGGAGAGUUAAUGCGAGAAGAAAAUAUAAGAAAAGAGAGGAGAGCCUGAAUCGGAAGUAACAUUAGCUGCAUUGUCUUCCUGUACUUCAUACCUCCCUGUGUUCUGUGCUCAGAGCAGGGGAAGAGAUGAGGAGCUACUUUCCACAGGAACACUACUGAGGCUGCCUGCCUGGCUGCCUGGUUGGCUGGCCGUGCUGCCGGGGAACCCAUCCAUGUUCUUGCCUUUGUCCCUCCAUAAUUGACCACGGCAGGUUUUCACAGCCAGAGAGGAGAAGGAAAGCAACAUGGAGAUCUAAAAAGAGAGGAAAAAGGAGAGAGAAGAAAGUAAGAGAGAAGAGAAAAGAAGAGAAGGAAGGGAGGGAGAGCCUCGUGACAAUGUUUUGAAGAGGAGACAAAGCAAAAAAGCAAGGAGUGUGCUUGACCAGAGGUUCAUAGCCAGAGUGCUGGACAGGAUUUGGAGUAUAUUUCCUCAUAUUUCCUUUUAUUGUCAGUGACAUUGGUGUAUUUUCAUCCACAACGCUCACAGGUUAAUCUCCAAGACUGUUUUCUCUGUCAUGCAGAGGGAAGACACAAAGGAAUAUUAAGAUUUUUUUUCUCUGACACAUUUACAGUUGUUGAGGUGUCUAAUCUCAAUUAAUGUGGAUGUUUGUAUCAUAUUUUUUGACAGUAAAUCAUCCCUGCUUACUCAAUAAUCACUGUUCAGUUGACCAGCUGCUCAUUGGGCUGAUGUCUUCUUGAGGAACAGGGAGUCUCUAAUCAGGUCCGCUUACUCCAGACCACAAAGAUUUAAAUCACUGCACGUCCUCUCUAUCGACUAUCUGGGCAAUCUAGUCUGAACUUAAAAGGUAGUGGACACAAAAGCCACAACUGAUCCUUUCUUUUUCCCUUAAAAAAACUUCAGAAAAGUUGCGGAAAGUUUGUGAGUUUGUGACAUUGGAGAAGUAACAACUUUUCACCUUUUUCGCCUUGCCAUCCAAACAUCGGCACAUUUGAUGAAUUCUGUCCAAUGGUGUAACGCGACUCUUUGUGGCCUUGGACUGCAGAACUCCAGCCUCUACUGCAAGAUGACAUCUGAAGAGCUCUUCCACCUGCCGCUGAACAUCUACAUCAUCAUCCUGGGCAUUGGCCUCUUCAUCCUCAUGCUCAGCCUCAUCUUCUGCUGCUACCUGUUCAGACUGAGGCGACAAAGUGCAAGAGAACAGUAUGGCUACAGUGAGGUUGUUUUGAAAGGAGCGGGGAAGAAACUGAGCCUUCUUGGUCAAACAUGUGCGGUGUGUUUAGAAGAGUUCCGCAGCAGGGAUGAGCUUGGAGUGUGCCCAUGUUCCCAUGCUUUUCACAAGAAGUGUCUGCUAAAAUGGUUAGAAAUCCGCAGUGUCUGCCCUAUGUGCAACAAGCCCAUUUGUCGCAUCCAGCCUGGCCCCCCACAAGCAUCCGAGCGGCCGCAAAGUCUCCUGGAGGUCUGAGAGGGGAAUCCACAACUUAAGAGCCUGGAGCUUGGAAAGAGGAAGAUUCAACCACCAGACAACACCAGCUUUGAAGAUAUCACAACCUGCUUUGGCUCAUUGAUGCCCCAGAUUUGAUGGCAAAAGCAGACUAUAAUGACAGAUGCGCAGUUGUGGAAAAGAGGACAGUUACAAUGAAAAUAACCAGAGAGUCCUGUUGGAUUUAACAAAAUAGGACGAUUGUAUACUAUCAAGAUACAGGGUUGUGUGUAUUCUGGCUGUAAUCUUCCAGUGUCUCACAGUCAAUCAACUCCAUCCCACAGUAUGUUGCCAAGCUGAAUGAAGGUUGUGAAGCCCUAAAUGGCAAGACAGCUGAGUCAUAUAGGACUUUGUAGAAAAGACAACUACAUGCUGUCACAUGCCUGAUCAGCUAGAACUAAGGGUCCAGAGGUGACUCAACCACGAAAAUAACACACAUACAAAUAUAUACAUGGUUUUUAAGUUAUAUUCAAUAAACUGUUUUGUAUCAUAAUUCGCUUUCAAUAAAGGGUAUAGUAACACUUUGACUGUCAUUUGUUGGUAGAUAGUUGGAUGUCAUUGAUGCUGGUGAGACAGAACUGGACCAACCAUUCUUCAAUGGAAUCUUAGCUCCCAGUGUCUAUAAAUUGCUCUGUACUGUAGUGAUAUAAAUAGACACACUGCACUGAUAUGAAGAGCCUGUUUGAGCUGGUGCCUUUUCUGAGUGAGGUGCCCCAUAAACAUCCUUCUCUGUGUCAGAAUACUGUGUAAAUUGUAAAUGUUUUAGAAACACUUUCUGACUUAAGAAAAAAAAAUAUAUCCAAUGUUUUGAUAAAGUCAUUGUGAUCCAAGUCUUUUUUCUAGUUUUGCUACAUGGUGAUACCUAAAGCUGUUUAUUUGUAUAUUGCCAUUGUAUAUAUGGAAAAGUUAUACAACUGUGCUGUUGGUGCCCUAGCUUUGCUUUAGGUGGGUUGGAUUUGGUUGAUCUUACUAAACGUGUAUGUAUGUGACUGAGUAUGUACAAUAUAAUCACAAUAUUAUCACAGAUAAGGUGCCAUGUCUAAUAUACUGUAUAAAUGUGCCCAAAAAAAAUUUUUAUUUUCAUACCUAAAUUUAAAAUAGGUUGCUUUUCUAAUGAAAUUCAGUAGGCUGUAAGCUGCCAGGCAUAAUGCUGCCCUCCGUAGUUUAUUUUUAUACUUUUCAGCCUCUACGGAUGGCAACGUUGCUCUGUAGGUUGGUCAGUCUGUUGGUCCUCCACUUUGGUCCAGAUCGAAAUAUCUCAGCAAUGAUUGGAUUGCCAUUAAAUGUUGUAAAUACAUUCAUGGUUCCCGCAAGAUGAAUCCAAUUGACGCUGGCGAUCCGCUGACUUUUCAUAUAGCACCACGAGCAAGACCAAAUCCUCACUUGUCCAGUGAAAUAUCUCAACAUCUACUAGAUGGACUGCCAUAAAUAUUGUGCAGACAUUUAUGGUCCCUGGAAGAUGUAUCCUAAUGACUUUGCAUCUAGCACCAUCAUCAGCUGGUUAGAAUUUUAU